AUGUCCGGCAAUACCCCCCAGGCGCCGGCCCCGAGCCAGCCAGAGCAACAACAGGCACCGGGAUCGCAAAAGCAGGAGCAGCAGGAUCAGCAGCAGCCAGAUUACUCAACCUGGAGCACAACAAGCCUUGUUGAGCGAAUCACCGAGCUGGAGCGGCAACUGAAUUCCCGGAACGCGGAAUACAAACCAUCCGCCACUACGACAAAAACACCAGCGCAAGCUGAAAAGAAUGAAGAAAAGGAGAUUCCUAGAUGGCUGGCGACAGGCAAAUAUGACCCUGACGACAUAACCCACGCCCCUGCCUUGCGACCCCGCAAGCAGGCAAAGAAAAUGGACCCGUCGCAGUACAACUUCCGCUUCAUCGCGCUGAAAUUUGCGUACCUGGGACAGCGAUACCAGGGCCUUGAACAUGCGAGUAACAACCCGACUGCUCUGCCGACGAUUGAGGAGGAGAUGUGGAAGGCGCUGAUGAGGACGAGGCUGAUCUUCCCGACUGAUAUGACGGAUGACGACGUUCCGAACCCGAAAGUGAAGCGGAAGGAGAACGAGGCAUUUAAUCUUAGUUGGGAGGGGUGUGAGUACUCCAAGGCCGGGAGAACGGAUCGUGGUGUUAGUGCUUUUGGACAGGUUAUUGGGCUUAAAGUGCGCAGUUCUCGGCCGAAGCCGAAGGUGGUAGAGCCUGCUCAGGACGCGGAGGAUACUGCAGAGACUACGCGCAAAGAGGUAGCAGACGCGGAUUGGGAUGAUAUUGCGGAUGAAAUACCCUACAUCAGCUUGCUGAAUAAAGCGCUCCCGGAAGACAUUCGCGUAUUGGCAUGGUGCCCGAAUCCACCAGAAGGCUUUGACGCUCGCUACUCCUGCCGCGAGCGUCACUAUAAAUACUUCUUCACACAGCCCGCGUUUUCUCCGACGCCGGGCCCGCUUGGGCUUCUUCCACGAAAAGGCAAUGAACCGCCGAAGUACCGAGAAGGCUGGUUAGACAUUGAUGCCAUGCGCGAAGCCGCUAAGCACUUUGAGGGCGUGCACGACUUUCGCAAUUUCUGCAAAGUGGAUACAAGCAAGCAGAUCGAGAACUUUGAGCGGAUCAUCUACCGUGCCGAUAUUGAAAUGCUCGAUCCCAGAACUAGCCCGUUGGGCUAUGUGAAUCGGCCGGAAUUUCAUGCUCUACAGCACGCUGACGCAGAUUCCUCGAUUGAGAAGCCCGAAAUCUCAGUCCCACCUGGAUGCCAGGUAUAUGUGUUCAACCUGCAAGGGUCCGCUUUCCUGUGGCACCAAGUUAGGCACAUGAUAGGUGUUUUGUUUCUCGUGGGCCAAGGACUUGAGUCGCCGUCCGUUGUGGCCGAUUUGCUUGACGUGGAAAAGAACCCGCGCAAACCAAUGUACGAGAUGGCAUCCGACGCCCCGCUAGUCCUCUGGAAUUGCGUCUUUCCCGAGAAAGACAGUGAGAUCCGGGAGGAUGCCUUGGAAUGGGUGUAUGCUGGAGAUACCAGACAAUCAAGAAGCGAGUACGCCAAAGGGACUGGUAAGUUCGGCGUUGGCGGCGUGGUUGAUGAUAUUUGGUCUGUCUGGAGGCAACGCAAAAUGGACGAAAUCCUGGCCGGCGCACUGCUUGACCUAGUUAUUGAACAAGGUGAUCAGACUGCUUUCCGGGAUGGGAAAAUUAAGAAUCUAGAGCGAGAAAGGCAAAGCAAGGUGCACAGGGUCUUUGGUGGAGCCAACGAGGGCAAAGCAAAGGGUCAAUAUUUCGCUAUGGCGCAGAAGAGGAAGAUGGACACUGUUGAAGUCCAAAAUGCCAGAUACCUCGCGGCCAAGCAGCGGAAAACGGACAGGGAGGGAAACGGAGAUGUGAAGGCAUAA